CUCGAAUCCUCGAUCUUUUGUUUCAUUUUCUGCUUGAAUAGAAUUUCGGUCUUUUUGAUGGUUAUACCGAGUUAUACCCACCAUAUCCUCGUAACUAUAGCCGCUAUGGAACAUCACUGCUGGUGGGAAGAUCAUCCCCAUCGAUGGAAUAUGCGCGCCGUUCGCAGGACAGCCAUUAGCUCCUUGAAGCACGGCAUACAGGAUUUCUCAGGUGUGGAUCCCUGGCUCGCUGGCCUACUCCAAAUGGCCCUGCGCAUGUUUCCACGCUCCGACUAUGAUCAAUUCGAGAGAGAAGUCGCUGUGUUAGUUUCCGUGGCAGUCUUUGUGGCCAUUGUAAGCAUUUUCCUUCUCAACCUGCUCAUUGCUCAAUUGAGCCAAUCCUACCACGACGUCUUCGAAGACAUGCAGGGCUUUGCUCGAUUGAAUCGUGCUGGAACCACUGCUGCGACAUUGACGGGGAUUCCGGCCAAAAAUUGGAACAGAUUCUUGGACGGCUUGGGAUUUGAAGAGCGUCUUGAGUUCAACGAGGGUGACGUUGGCUUGGCUGGCGGCAUCCAGGUCACGGAGCCCGCCAAUGCCAACCUGGUGACCGAGGAUGCAAUUCGUCGCUAUGGUGGUUCCACCGCGCCCACCAUGCCGUGGCCACAAGAGCACGAGGAGCAUACAGAGGAAGAUCGCUUCGAUCGAUUGGAGCGUCUCAUCUCCAAGAGCUCCAAGGCCAGCCACGGCCGCAAGAGUCGGGUGAACGGUAGCAAUUCCCAGGCAAGUUCCACGUCUGACAAGUAGCUGCGGCAUGGAUCCGACAGCAUGUGAACUGUUG